AGUCCGUCCACUUCCAGGUGGGCCCUCCCCACCGUAACUGCAGGCCGGCUCCUCCUCCUCCCGCGGAAGACCGGCCACCGGUAACCAUCGCCACCACCUCCCUCCUCCUCCUCCUCACGUCGGUGCGGCGGCGAGGAUGCCGUGCUGCGGGGAAAGCGAUCCUCCCCAUGAGGCCAUCAGGGUCCUAUCCCAACCCCAGCGCCACGGCUCGCACGGUUCGUCAAUUGGUUCGAUUUGGGGGUUCCGGCCGGGGUCUGAAUGCCUGACCGGGGCCGGGGAUUUGAGCGCAGGGAGGAAGCCCUGGAGGUGUGUCAGGUUAAUCGUCAUGCUGCUGCAUGCGCUCUUCAUCGGCGCCGUCUUCCUGCUCGAUCCGGCCCUCCGGAGCCAAAUCCGCCAGGACCAGUGGUACAUGUGUUUAUAUGGAGGGCUGGUGUUGUUUACCUUGGCGCAAUACCUAUAUACAGCUAAUUCAUCACCAGGGUAUGUGGCUGAUAUGUUGAAGGCUGGAUCAGCGAUGCACGCAACCUUCAUUAAUACAACGACAAUCUCAAAACAGGUCUGUUCAAAAAACGGGAGCUUAAAUUAUUUCAUGAGCCGCAGCAAAAUAGAGCAACACAACCCACAAUCUGCUACACCUUCGUCGCUUUUGCAAAUGAUGGAUCUAUAUCCUCCUGGAUCAUCCAGCAGGGAUUUGACCUGCUCUUACUGCCAUCUCAUUCAGCCACCACGAACCAAGCAUUGUCAUGAUUGUGACAAGUGUAUUCUCCAAUUUGAUCAUCACUGUACAUGGCUUGGAACAUGCAUUGGCAUUAGGAAUCAUUGCCGUUUUUGGUGGUACAUAUUUGGACAAGCAAGUUUAGUUAUUUGGACUGUUGCUCUCUACAUCCAGUUCUUACAUGUGGAUAUGAACGGGUCCUGGUUGAAGGGUUUGACUGGCUUAACACUGUUGCUGCCGUUGAUAGUAAUCCUCAUAGUUUUGCUGAUCUUACUCAUGUUGCAUACUUACCUUGCUCUUACGAACCAAACGACAUAUGAAAUUGCCAGACGGAAGCGAAUAUCUUACCUAAGGGGAGUUCCUAGAAAGGUGCAUCCUUUCAGCAAAGGUAUCUGCAGGAACCUCUAUGACCUCUGCCUCUCUAGACAGAAGGGAUAUGUUCUGGAAGCAGUACCCCCACUGGACGAACUAGAAGCCCGGGCUAGACCCUACACCUGCCGAGAUGUAAUCUGCUGCCGGUGCUGCUAGUACGCGCUAUAUGUGAAAAUACAUUAGUUUAGUUUGAUGCAUAUAAUAACAUGGUAAAGAUACUUGUGGCUCAUUGAUGUUGUACAGCAUAUACUCCUAUAUAUAGGCACCUUUUUGUCUCUUAUAGAAUGCAUCCUGAUCAAACGAUGCCAUUAGAUUGAUCUGAGUAUGCAUGUAGAUUUUUCAGUUUAUUCCUUGUAGGGUUGUAGCUUCAUAAGAAAAUAGUUUGAACUUAGUCGCACAUUCGCUGUAGAACGCUGUGUCUGAGCGAUGCAGCUCUUAUAUGUUAAAUGCACAACUGAAAACCCGUUCGUUCUGUAUCUGAUGAUUGUUCUUAUAUAUAUUUCGUCCUCGGUUGUCAUGCUUUA